ACCUUUGGUGGACACCAAAUGAUUCUAAAAGCUUAGGUGUAUAUAAAAUCGCACUAGCUAGCUAUAUGUACAGUAUAGUAUAUAGUAUAUAGACAAGCUAGCUAGCUCUAUAUCGCCAUGACAAGUUCUCUAACUCUAAGUGACUACACUAGCCUCACCUCUGACGGGCAGGAUUGGGCAUGCCCUAAGUGUACUACCAUCAACUCAACAAACAAUGUCAACUGUCAAGCUUGUACAGAGGGCAGAAACCCUCACCAUGGCAAUACAGAUAACCUCAAGGAAUUGGUGAUAGAGCAGGAGAAAUGGUUCAGUCAAGCUGCUCCAAAAGUAGAGAGAAGUAUAACAGAUCGAUUUAAAACUUUGCUAGGAGGCUGGACGUGUCCUAUAUGCAGUGUGCACCAUAGAUUCGACAACUCUUGUACUGCUUGUGGUCAUUCCCUCGAUCCAGUGAAACCAGUCAAGCCACCAAAACAGUCACAGUCGCUAAAAUCGCAAAAAAGUAUAAGCUUUGGAAAUAUGUUUCAGUCAAUCCGAGGUUCAUUCUUCAAUGGUAACAAGAAACCUGUCUUAGCCAGUAAUCUCAGUACAGACUCUCAUCUCUAUCCAUAUCCAUAUCCCUCUAGCUCUGUUGACAAACACCGACAUACAGGAAUGAUGGUACUUGUGAGCAAAGACGAACAUGGGAUUACAGAUGAGACAAUUUCACUUGAACAAGGAGGUGAAGACUGCCUCCCACAUAUUCAACCACGACCAACUAGCAUUGACUCUGGGACAUACACAAUGUCAGAUAUAACAUCUCAAGCCAGCCACUUGGAACCAUCAGACAGUCGCUACAACUCUCCCGUUUCCUGCACCGACCUCAGCAAAGAGGCUGCUUGGAAGUGCACGGUUUGCAGCGCCUUUAACAGAGCAGUGAUUGGACAGCUCAAGUGUUACGUGUGUAAUAUCGGAGAUGCACCGCGUGAUAUUGUACCAUUACUGAUACAGCAGAAGGAGUAUCAUCAAGCCAUCGAAGUCACCAACAAUGAAAUAUCCCCUCAGCCAGUUCAUCGUGAUGGACCCACCAACAGCUCUGGGCAGAGUGCUGACAGAAAGAGACGUCCUACAGUGUUGCUUCAUCUAACUGAAGCUAACAACGAGACUAAGCUACACCGGAGGAGCAGCUGGGGGGAUGACUGCACUCCAUCACCAGCUAAGAACUGCACUCAACUAAUGGAGUGUAAGCGGAGGGAGGAAACAAGCAGAGCCAAUGAGAACUAUGACAGGAUCAGACAACACUGCAUACGAUCAAAACAGCAUUUCGUGGACCCAGACUUUCCCCCGUGUGACAGAUCUCUCUAUAUAGACCCACGGAAACCAGCCAGCCAAUGGGAGGUGGCAAGAUGGAGACGACCUCACGAGAUACUUGACCCCUUCUCUGAUCGUAAGACCCCCUGGAGUGUAUUGCGUAACGACCCGGACCCUGGAGAUAUAGCACAAGGAGUGCUAGGCAACUGCUGGGUAUUGAGUGCUCUGAGUGUGAUAGCCUCAGUGCCAGAGCUGGUGGAGAGCAUCCUCAUGACCAGGGACUACUCACCGGCUGUGGGGGCCUAUCAGGUGCGCCUCUGUAAGGAUGGUGUCUGGACUACUGUCAUUGUGGAUGACUCACUACCAGUGUUCAGAAAUAAAGAGUUAGUCUUCUCAAAAGCUCAUCACAAGCAGCUGUGGGUGCCACUCAUAGAGAAGGCAAUAGCUAAACUGUACGGUAGCUAUGAGUCCCUCAACUCAGGAAGAGUGCUUGCUGGUCUGUCUCUCCUCACUGGCCUGCCUUGUGAGAAGGUCCACCUCAAGAAACAAUCAGAUGGAGAUGAGGAAGUGGAUGAAGACCUCAUCUGGGCUCAGCUGCUCAGCUUUAAACAGUCAGGAUUUCCAAUGGGUGCUUCUUGCGGAGGACACAAUAUAUGUAAGGAGGACUACUACAGAGUGGGGUUGGAGCCUAACCACGCCUACUCCAUCCUUGAUGUCCUCACCCUGGACCUGGAGAGAACUGUCAGAUUGCUGCGUCUGCGUAAUCCCUGGGCCAAGGUCUCCUGGACAGGUGAUUGGUCGGAUGGGGAUAGGGUGUGGUCACAUUACCCCCGGUUACGAGAGGAGAAGCUACCACUGGGAGGAGAGGUAGGCAUCUUCUGGAUAGAGAUGAGAGACGUGUACAGAUAUUUCUGUGAGAUAGACGUGUGUCAGUAUCGUCCAGAGUGGCGCUCCACUCUGAUGCAGAGCACUCUCCCCUCCAGCGCCCCCAACCAACACAGUCUCCUGUCCUUCCAUAUACCAAUGAACACUGAGGUCAAUGUCUGUGUGUAUCAAGAGGCUCCAAGAGGUGGCUCAGGUGAUGGACACAAUCUGUUGGACCUGGCUGCUCUAGUCCUACGCUACCCUAUAGCUGAGACCACCUCCUCCUCCAUCCCCCUCCCUGUGGCAUGCUCUCUAGUGGUGGGCAGUCAGAUACAAAGCAUCGUCUCUGGAUCAGGAUUCCUGGAGCCCGGUAGUUAUGCUGUGCUGCCAUUAGCCUUCAAUCAUUGGAGACCCCUCGAGGAUAUUGGGACUGAAGAGAGGGCGGCUUAUGUGGGAGGGAGGGUUAAAGAGAGGGCGGCCUCUGAUAGAGACUGUGUAGUGUCUGUGUUCAGUUCUCGGAUGAUAUCCUAUGAUGAGCAUGUGAUGACACGCCCUGGUUUCCUGGCAGAGUCUCUGUUCUUACUGGCAGCCAAUAGCAAGCCAAAGUCUCAGCCGUACCCUGGUAUGUAUGUCUAUGAGGUGUGUCUGAGGCAUGGUUGCCGCAUCAUCAUGGCCUUCAAUCAGAGCCAGCACCUCCACUUCACUGUCAGCUGCAAUGCUAGGGAGAGUGCCAACAUCCUCUGCACUAGAGGAGCCCUCCACACUACAGACUGUAUACCACCCAUGCACAGACAAGUCUUGUUGGUGCUGACUCAGAUGGAGCCCAGUGAACCAUACUCCAUCUAUAUGAGGAUAGAGUUCCACCAGUCCACACAUAACACCAGUGGCACUUGGGGGGCACUACACCAGCCAUUGCUCACACCAUCCAUACACGAACUGCACUCUCCUAGACUGUGUUGACUAUAGUGAUAACUAGACCUACUAUUGUUGUACUUACGUAAAUCAUUCCUUUUUAUUCUCGAUUUGUAUCAAUUGCUAUUAUUGAGACAUUGUUAUUAUGACAUCA